AUGAAAACACAAGUUGAAACAAAUAAACGAUGGGUUUUUGAACAAGAAAUUAAAAGACCAUAUUUUCAUGUUAAAGCAAUGGAUGAAAUUCAAUUGUCAAAUUGGAGAAGAUAUCUUGAAUUUGAAGAGGGUGAAGGUGAUGAGACUAGAAUACAAGUACUAUAUGAAAGAUGUUUAGUUGCAUGUGCUUUGUAUGAAGAAUUUUGGCAAAAAUAUGCUCGUUGGAUGGUAUCCAAAAAUAGAAUAGAAGAUGCAAGAAAUAUAUACAUAAGAGCCACAACUGUUUUUGUCCCAAUAAGUCGCCCAAGUAUUCGCUUAUCAUACGCGUGCUUUGAAGAACAAGAAGGCAAUAUUGAAAAGGCUAGAUCAAUAUAUAAAGGAAUCAUAGAAUCAUAUGAUUUAACAGAACCUAUCAACAUAUUAACAAAUUCUCUUGAAAAUACUGCUCAACUUGAUGACAAAUCAAAAGCCUUCUUAUCUGUACAACACGCAAAAUUGAUUUGGCAUUGUAAAGGAUCUGUUGAAGAAGCACGUCAAAACUUUCAAGAAGCUUCAUCAAAAUAUUUGGAUAGUAAAUAUUUUUGGUUAAAUUAUUUUAAUUUUGAAAUAUCACAAAAUGAUUCUGAAGUAGAAACUCGCCUAAAAUCAUUAUUUGAUCAAAUUCGUAACACGUCAACUUUACCACCUGAGACAAUAAGAGAUUUAUCAAAUCGUUAUCUUGAUUUUCUAAUGGAACGUGGCAAAUCAAUAUUUGAUUAUAAUAAAGUUGACAUAGAAUCUAAUACACAACCACUUUCAAAUCGUACUUCUACGUCUACAACAACAACUAUUGAUUAUUCAAAAAAACGUAGUGGAUCUGAAGAAGAUAUAUUAGAUAAUAAUAAACCAACUAAACAAAUGAGAUUAGAUCAUGCAUCAACAAUGGGUGGUGUUGUGGAUAAUAGUAAUGUUGCUGCUGCUGCUGGUGUGAAUACUAAUAAUUCUUCUCUUAUAGCUACUCCAACUAAUGCCGUACCACCUUAUGCUGCAGCAGCUCAACCAACUACUGCCGCAGCUCAGAAUAAUUAUUACGCUGCACAAGGUCAAUGGAAUGCAACUGGUUAUCCAGGUUACCCAACUGCUGCAACUACUGCUCAAACGGCAAAUUAUUCAUACCCAUAUCAAUAUUAA